CACGGCGCUUCCGCGUCUUUGAUUCCGCCAACUACGAAGGCACACGUUCGCUCUCUCGGAAACCUGCUCAAAGUCUCAUCGACCAUCCCGCAGGCUGCCAGUUGACCAAACGACAUGCUCUCAUCGUCCCCGGGGUGGUCAUCAAAUGUUAGCCCUGUCGAGUUCAUCGUCACUCGGGCCUGCAGCCCCUCAUUGCCGGAGCCGAACUAUGCGCUUCAUCUCGAGGUUGCGGAGUACAUCAACCAGAAGAAGGCUAACACGCCACGAGAGGCGGCGAUGACUAUAGCGCGUCUGGUCAAUCAUCGGAACCCGCACAUUGCCAUGCUCGCCCUCGCUCUCCUCGAGACCCUCGUACAAUCAUGUGGAUAUCCCUUUCACUUGCAGAUUUCCACUAAGGAGUUCCUGAAUGAACUUGUUCGCCGAUUCCCCGAACGCCCGCCACCAUUUCCUGGGCCCGUCAUGUCCAGAAUCCUCGAUCUCAUCAACGACUGGAAGGAGGGAAUCGCAACUGAGUCCAGGUGGAAGGAGGAUUUGGGGAAUAUAAGGGACAUGCAUCGUCUGUUGACCUUCAAAGGAUACCGCUUUCGGGACCGACCACGACAGCCUCCCAUAGCGUCUGCUUCGAAUCUCAAAUCGGCGGAUGAACUCGAAGCAGAAGAUCGCGAGGCGCAGGAGGCGAAGCUGCAGGAGCUGAUCCGACGCGGAACGCCGCGCGACCUCGCCGCAGCGCAAGAGCUCAUGAAGACGCUGGCCGGUGCGAACCCCGACGCGAAGCCAGAUUACCGCACUCAGGCACUGACGGAGCUGAACAAGCUCGAGAGCAAGGUCAUCUUGUUAAACGAGAUCCUGGACAACGUGGACACGGCGCGGGGCGAGAAGUUCGUGCAGGGCGACGUGUAUGAUCAAGUCGCGUCCAUUCUCACUGCGGCCCGUCCGAAGAUUCAAGGCUGGAUAUCGAACGCGGAGACAGACGAUCCCGAGUCGCUCAACACCUUUUUGCAGAUCAACGACCAACUCAACUCCGUAUUAUAUCGAUAUGAGUGCUACAAGAAGGGCGACUACGCACAAGCAUCGAACCCAGUGCCGCCUGAGCUGGGCGGCGGGCCUAACGAGCUGUCACUCAUCGACUUUGACGACUCGGCACCAUCAGCAAGCACCGGGGAUGGCGCAACAGCAUCGCGUUCGGGCUCAAAUGUCACACCAAUAGACGAACUCGCAAGUCUAUUCGGACCGUCUCCUGCAGCAUCCAGCGCCAUAGCGCAGCCACCAGUGAUGGGCAUUGGAGCAGGCUCGGGCUCAAACAUAGGAAUGAGCACGGGUACCGCACAGCUAACGAGCAUUUUUGGGAGAACGAACAUGGCCGCACCAACACCAUCAAAUGGAUAUAACCUCGGAAUGGGUAUGGGGAUGACUUCACUACCAAUCCAAUCCACGCGUCCGGGCGCAAUCUCGCCAUCAUCUGGUCAGCAGUUGGGCUCAAUCCGGCUGGGCACGCCUCAACAAAACAUGUCUGCAUCAAGUUCGUCCGCACCUCUGCCGAUGCCAAAUUACUUUGCGGAUAAUACCCGGGUGAUGGGCACAGAGACGGGCAUGGGUGGUCAGACGGGAAUGCAGCCGCUGCAGCCUCAGCAUAUGCGGCAGCAGCAGGCACAACAGCAGCGGCCUGCGAGUACUGCGGGGGGUGUCCCGACAGGCCAGACACAAACACAAGCAAAGGACCCGUUUGCUGACCUGGUCGGGUUAUUCUAA